GCGUUACGGGCAAUCCGCACCUUCCUUUCCGUUGGUCUCCCCUUCUUCUCUCUGGCUUGCGUGUCUGUCUGAAGUCGCUGUCACUUUCUCGGUUUCUCCCACAAAAUCUGCAAGAAUUGAGUAGAAUAUUUAUUCACUUUCCUUUUCUUGUCCCCCAAUAUUAUUUGAAUUCAGUUUAAGAAUUUUAGGUCUCGCCUGCUGCAACCUGCAAUGUUCCUUCCCUGGUUUCAUUGACGGUCAGGGUACUGUUACCUGUUGAUGGCAUUACCGGGAAGACAACGAUCUGCCCUGUCUCAAUUUUUAUAAACUGGAGCUUUCGAGAUGUUAGUGUUGAAUCGCAGCGGCAUCAAUUUCGUCAACUGCUUUUUUCCGUUGAGCGAAUGGCAUCCUUUAGAAUAACCAAGGUGGUUAGGGCUUGAUGCCCUCGCCCUCCUGUUCCAAAGCAGGGAUUCAUUUUUUUUCUUAUUAUUAUCUCAAAAGCGUUGAAAUUCCUAAUGUUUUGGAAGAGUGAUUAUAUUGUCGAGGCCUCAGAUAUGGGAUGUUGUAGUUGUUUCGGGUUCACUAGUAAGCCCAAAAGAUCACUGAGGCCUCCUGCUGGCUCAGGCAUCUCUCAAGAGUUUUUGCUGGGUUAUGUUGAUGGUAAUGGAUCUAUGUACAAUGUUGAAUCAACAGGACUCUCGAAUGGAGGUGAUGAUGAAUUUCUCAUUCGUAGUAAGCGGCCCGAAGAAAUUCUCUCGUUAAGACUCCAAAGUGGAAGGAUAUGCAGGGAGUUUCCCGUAAAGGAAACUCAUCAUCUUGUACGCACAGAGGAUGAGAAUGGGAAUAAGAUGAUUAAUGAGUAUGUCCAUGUGUGUAAGAUUGGUUCUGGAAGCUAUGGGAAAGUGGUUUUAUAUCAAAGCAGUGUUGAUGGUAGGAAUUAUGCUAUUAAGGCUUUUCACAAGUCUCAUUUGUUAAAGCUCCGGGUAGCACCAUCUGAAACUGCAAUGACCGAUGUUUUUCGGGAGGUUUCAAUCAUGAAAAUGUUGGAUCAUCCCAAUAUAGUCAAUCUUAUUGAGGUGAUUGAUGACCCAAACACAGAUCACUUCUACAUGGUUCUUGAAUAUGUGGAAGGCAAGUGGGUGUGGGAGAGUUCUGGUCCACUUGGCACCUUAGGGGAAAGUACCGCUCGCAAGUACUUGCGGGAUGUAGUUGCUGGGCUGAUGUAUCUGCACGAUCAUAAUAUUGUGCACGGAGACAUCAAACCUGAUAAUCUUUUGGUGACAAGUGCUGGUACAGUGAAGAUAGGAGACUUUGGUGUCAGCCAAGUAUUUGAGGAUGAUAAUGAUGAGCUCCGACGGUCUCCUGGGACUCCUGUGUUCACAGCACCUGAGUGCUGUUUAGGUCUAACCUACCAUCAUGGUAAAGCGGCAGAUACAUGGGCUGUGGGUGUAACUUUGUACUGUAUGGUUAUGGGUCAAUACCCCUUUCUUGGAGAGACACUGCAGGAUACAUAUGACAAGAUUGUUAAUAACCCUUUAUUGAUCACGGAGGGCAUCAACCCACGGCUACAGAACUUGCUGGAAGGACUUCUCUGCAAAGAUCCAAAACAGAGGCUUACUUUGGAUGCGGUUGCAAGACAUCCUUGGGUAGUUGGCGAUGAAGGGCCUAUCCCGCAGUAUCUUUGCUGGUGUAGGCGUGAGAGCUCUCAACAGGAAGAAUCUGGCUGGGGGAGUAAACAAUGAUUAUAUGAUCGGCACUGACUGAAGUGUUAUACUAGUGAGUUUUUUUUUUGUACAGUAAGGCAAUGAUGUUUACUUCGGGAAUUACUGUAAUUGGAGGUGGGGGUGGGGGAACAAUCUAGAAUUCAGUUGCACAUGUAAGGAGAAACGAACAAGAGUAAAAGAUUGGCCAACUACUUUGAGUAACAAAAGAAGUUUCCCCUCAAUGCAAAUGUUUUGCAUUUUUUCUCUUC